AUGAAUGCAGAAAAUCAGACAUUAGUUGCUGAAUUCAUUAUUAUUGGUUUCCCAAAUACACGCGAAGUAGAAUUGUUUUUUUUCUCUCUCUUUCUCUUGAUGUACUUGCUGAUGUUUGUUGAGAAUGUUAUCAUCAUCCUGGUGAUUCGUCUAGACUAUCGCCUUCACACGCCUAUGUACUUUUUUAUUGGCAACCUUUCUUCUUUGGACAUUGGCUUUACCACAGUCACUGUGCCUAAAAUGCUGGUCAACAUUGCUACUGAGAAUCGAACUAUUUCCAUCUCAGGAUGCUUUACUCAACUCUACAUCUUCUACUUCCUGGGAUCAGCAGAAUGCUUUUUGUUGGCAUCCAUGGCCUAUGACCGAUACCUGGCUAUUUGUAAUCCUCUCCACUAUACCACUUUGAUGAAUAAACAGAUGUUCUCCCGGUUGGCCUUUGGCUCUUGGUUGGGGGGCUUCCUGGCUCCAGUAUUGCCCUCAUCCUUCCUUUUCCGGUUGCCUUUCUGUGGAUCAAAUGUUAUCAACCACUUUUUCUGUGAUGCUCCACCUCUGUUGAAGCUGUCUUGCAAGGACAUCUUUGAGGCUGAAAUCGUCAAUUUUAUUGUAGGGUCACUAGUGUUGCUAACCUCUUUCACCUUUACUCUUGUCACCUAUGUCUUCAUUAUUAACACCAUUUUACACAUUCCUAGCAGUGAAGGAAGGAAGAAGGCAUUUUCAACUUGUGCAGUACACCUUACCAUCGUCAGCAUCUUCUUUGGCACCACCAUCUUCAUGUACAUCCGCAUUAAGACAAUCAGUGUCUUUGAUUUCAACAAAGUGGUAUCGGUGUUCUACUCUGUUGUGACACCUGUUCUCAACCCCAUCAUUUACAGUCUGAGAAACAAUGACAUUAAGCAGGGAAUGAAAAAGAUGUUUCACAGGAAAGGACCUAUGUGA